AUGUCUGAUGAUAUGUGCUCUUCUCCAAAGUCCCAUCCAAAGUGUAAGUUCACUAAGAAUGAUGAUAUGAGACUUUGCUCCAUUAUAUCUGAAUGUUCAGAGUUGAAUUGGAAAUUAAUUUCCGAAAAGAUGGGUGACAGAAAUCCACGCCAGUGCAAGGAAAGAUGGGAAAACUACUUAAACCCAAACAUUAACAGAAGUCCAUUUUCAGUUGCUGAAGAUAUCCUUCUUCUUGAAAAAUAUCAAGAAUUUGGAGCAAAAUGGGUUAUUAUUUCCAAAUUUUUCAAUAAUAGAUCUGAUAUUAGUAUCAAAUCUAGAUACAUGGUUCUUAAAAGAAGAGGUGUUACACUUGAAUUUCUUAAAACACAUAAUGCAAGCUUUUUAGUUACAGGAACAGGCAAAAAAGCAAGAAAAUCUCCACAAUCUAGUCCAGCUUACGUCCAAACACCUCCAAUGAUAAGCUAUGAUAUGACCAUUCCACAGUCAUUCAACACAGCUCCAUCUCCAGCUCCAAUCGAGUCAACUCCAGCUCCAAUAUUCGAGGAGAACUCAAAUUCUAAGAUCGAUGAGUUAUUCGACUGGUGCGCUCCUUCAGAUGUUUUCGAAUCUUUCGAACUUGUUUUUUAG